UGGUUAUCAAAUGAAAGAAUCGUGUUCAUCGAUAAAGCAGUCUUUUUUGUUCUCAUGCAAUGUAUAAGAGGCUGUAUAACAUUCACCUUCGCGAAAAUCCUUUGGUGAUUGCAAAGAUGUCAUUUUUAUCAACAACUGUUUCCGUCAGUAUUCAAGGCCAAGUUUAUUCCAUGGCCGCUCAUAUGUUGAGUGUAAGUUUUGAUCAAAGUAAUCUCUUUGUACUUCUGUCGAUAUUCAUCGACUCUGCUUUUAUCCAAGCUAAUUCUCAUAAUCAUCUCUAAUGAUUCUUGCCUAUCAGCUGUGGAUAUAGUCUGCACCGUGAGCUGUGGAUAUAGUCUGCACCGCCAGUCCAUAGUCCAUGUACUCCUUUUCUGUUAAUAGACCAUACUCCUUUUCUGGUUUAUGGAGUUCCAAACACUACAGAGAUCCUUCCUUUUAUUUUGCAUCACAGAUCACAACUAUUGUUUUUAUUUUUAUUCUAAUCCAAGACUAAAAUAAUUUUUCGAGAUCCUUGUUUUAAAUAUCAUGGGUUCGAAUAUAUUUUCUGUUUGUAAUAUGUCAUUAUCUCACACCUUUAUUAAGGUUUCUUCCUAAUACCUAAUGACUCUUGCGGAUACACAGUUUUUUGUUUUCUGUUAAUAGACCAUACUCCUUUUCUGGUUUAACCCUUGUCAAUUGGAGGAAGAAUUCAUGAAACAGAAAACUCUCUAAAGCCUGUGAAGUGGUACUUCCGUUUCUCAAGUACUCACUAACACCAUGGAGUUUAAGUUAUCUGGAUAUACACUCACGGCAUGAAGACCGUAAAAAAAAAAUGAUGAAAAGAAGAUCACGAAGAUCAUAAAGUUCAACUGCCGCGGUCUAAAUACGUGAAUGAAGCAUCCAUGCCAUGGUCGAAGCACGUCAUGCAGAGUUUAAAUUACAAGGUUUCUUUUCAAGAUAUUGUCCAAGUUGCACACUUCAUUUCUCUACGUGUCCAACUUGAGGGGGGUGUUGGAAUAUAUGGCACACAUAUUAGCCACUGAGGUGAUCGAGGUGGUGAGUUAGCUUUUGGUUCAUUGAACGGACGUGUGGAGAAGAUAUUUACAAGACCAAGUCAUGCAUAAGAUUACGCAUUCUGGCUAUUAACUCCUUUAUUCUAGCUGGAUAAGUUAGUUUACCUAGUCAAUGUAUUUUGCUAUUCUAGGUUUACUUUUGAUCCAAUAAUCCUAUAAAUAGGACUCGUCAUGUAACUGUAAUAUUAUCCCAGAAUCAUAAAACUCUGAAGAUCAAUAAUCCAAUCCACCCUACGGGGUUCUGUCAGUGGACGUAGGCGUUAGUGCCGAACCACUUUAAUUCUCCUGUCUCUUUUAUCUUUGAUUUAGUUUUGUCUAAUCCGUCUCUAUGAUACCCAUAAUUUAUUAUCUUUACAUAUUUGACAUCUCUCUAAAUAAAAGAGGUUUCACACAGUCUGUGGUGGUGAAUAGUUGGAGAUAAACACUUCUACAAACAACUGAGGAGGAUGAAGACGUCACCAAUUGUGGUGCUAGCAGUUCUUUUUUCUGCUCUCCUUGUUAUGGUAAUCCCACAAAAUUCAGUUGAGGCAGACGGGGAAUUAGGACAGCAAUGGUGUAUUGUUGAUCGUCAAGCCUCUAAUGAAACUAUUCAAGGGGCACUAAACUGGGCGUGUUCGCAAGGGGAUGAUAUUUGCCUUAAUAUACAAGAAGGAAAGCCUUGCUAUCUCCCAAACACAUUGGAAGACCAUGCUUCCUAUGCUUUCAACAGUUACUAUCAAAAAUUCAAGAGUCAAGGUGCCACUUGUUAUUUCAAUGGUGCUGCCAUGGCUAAUGAAGAGGACCCAAGUUAUGGUUCAUGCAAGUACGAGAUACUUCCCUAAUCUGAAGUGAAGAACCUACUGCCUUCGAUCUGAUUUUUUUAUUGUUUUUGAUAAGCUUCGUCAUUCUAUUACACAGUUUUCUUUCUUUUAUUCUCUUUAAAGGAAAAAUUCUCAAUUAUUUCCAGAAUGGAAUUCAAAUCAAUAAUAUUCAAAUUUUCAACUUUUAGUC